ACAAAAAAAAGAAACGAAAACACGAUCGAACUUGAAUCAUCUCAGUGAAGAAAACAUUUGUCGCCGGUGCUUGUGUAGCUUUAAGAUAAUACGCCGAUCAUUCCCGUUGUUCAUACGAUCGAACUACUUUAAAAUGUGCUGUGGCGGAUUACUGAUCACCGGCAGAAGUCUGCUUUGGUUUUUGGUCACCCUCGUUGCCUGCAUGACGCUGUUUGGGGCGAUCGUUUUACCAAAAUGGCUCAUCGGACCGGAAGAGAUACAGAUCCCCAGCCUGGAGGGCAACUAUACGAUCAUCCGGCAUCCGUCGGUAGGAAUUUACAACAGAUGCAAACGUAUGGGUCACUCGGAGUACAACUGUGGCAACUUUGACCUGUACGGCCUUGCCACGGACACGACCAUUUUUCCCUUUGCCUGGAAGAUCACGAUGUUCCUGAUGUGUCUGGGCAAUCUGUUGCUGGGUUGUACGCUGAUUUGUAUGCUGGUGACCUGCUGCCGAAUGCAUUCAAUCUGCGGCUUCAGCACGCACAAACUGCUGGGCAUUUUCCAGGGCAUCGCCGCGAUGAUGGAACUGUGUGGAUAUAUGGCCUAUCCGUUCGGCUGGGAAGAAGCGCGCGUGAAAAUUCUCUGCGGUCUCGAUUCCGAACCGUUCGCUCCGUCCGACUGUAAGCUCGGUAUUUCAAUCUACCUUGGCGCGAUCGGGACCGUGCUGGCUUUCAUUAGCGCCAUGCUGAGCGCCAAAGCCGAAUCGGCCUUUUUCAGUGCCAAGGCGCAGCGCUCCAUUGAGGAGGGUCAGGUGCUGGUUUGUGUGCCAUAAAGGUUCCCGUGGACGGAACAUUUUACGCUCGAAAUAUUUUACGAAUCUCAUCUAUUAAUAGCAGCUUCAGUUCUUCGACGGCAACUGUACUGUAGAAUGUAAGAAACACUUCCCUCCGAGUGCUUAAAGGAGCAGGAGGAUGAAGUACAAUAUAACAUAGCGAGUUCAAAACUUUUUGAGCAACUAUACAUUCAUUUCCUUGUAUAAGUUUAGAAGCCAUCCCUCCAGUGAAAAACGGCAUUUAAUAACAUUCUAUGUAUUCUAGCUCUCUAUAUAUUCAAAGUAUUUCGCAUAA